AUGAAAUCGGUCGAGUGUCUAACUGCACGCAGUCUCUUGGGAAUUUACUGGUUAAUGGGCUUGGUUCCAUUGCCGCCUUGUUCUCAGUUAUUUCGCUUUUUAUUCGCAUUGUUUAUUCGUUGUCUUUGGUCAGCUUACUUACUGGUGAUUGUCUCGACCGGCUUCAGUUUCCUGUGGAGGACAGCAGGUUUAUCCAUUGGUUAUAUCAGUGGCACGGCUCUAUUUAUUGGCUACUCCUUGCUGGGUCUGCUCCUGCAACUUGAGAGUGCUCUCAAACAUAGAUCCCAUGCCCGAUUGAUGGACUUGCGUUUUCAAUCCCAGCUGCAGAUGCAACGUCUGGGAAUGUCACGGGGUUGCAAAAGGGCCUUGAGACUUUUGCUACUUAUUGGCAUCCAGUUAGCCUGCGAUUUGGCCAAGUUUUGGGCCAAUUCGAGAGGUAGUGUCUCGCCGGUUUUGUCGUCGACCAUGCCACAAAUGUGGUUGCUGCGCUUUCGCUACGUGCAACUGAUCGAGCAGGUGAUUGAGAUGAAUCAACGAGCUCUUCAACUGCGACACUCACUUCUUAGCCUGGCCGAUGGCAAUGAUAUUUGGCAGCCCUUUGGCCUAGACGAGAGCAGACAGUUGCAGACAUUGCGUUUGACCUAUGACCGCAUCUUCGAAAGCUACGAGACCUUCAGCGAUUGCUAUGGCUGGGGCAUGUUGGGUCUGCAGGUGAUGUGCGGCUUUGAGUUUGUCUCCAAUGCCUACUGGAUCAUCACGGAGGCCUACAGGGACCAACAGCUCUAUCUCUAUGUCUUCAAUGGUGCCACCUGCCUGGCCAUGGGCACUCUUAUCACAUCCCUCUUCUGGUACGGCGAUGCGAGCACCGAAAAUAGUCGUCAGAUCGGUUGUCUUAUCUCUAAGCUGGUUAAACCUCUCGGCUGUAAACGCUACAACGAUUUGGUCUGCGAAUUUCUUUUACAAACUCUACAUCAACGUUUUGUGCUGACCGCCAAGGAUUUUUUUAGUCUUAAUCUGCAUCUGCUGAGCAGUAUGUGUGCUGCUGUCGUUACUUAUCUGGUCAUCCUCAUACAGUUUAUGUUCGCCGAGAAGGGCUCUCAGGUUGCUCUGAAGACGGAAAAGUCACCCGAGCUGCAACUGGAAUAA